ACAGGUGUCACCACUUGAACACAACAACUCAAAAUUGAUCACACUUGUGGCUAAUGAUGUGAGGGAACAUAUAAGCCAGUUCAGAGAGCACUGGUUUGUGAGGCCCUACAAUGGAUAGAAAUCUGAGAGGAAGAGUUCGUGUGAGAGGAGGUCGAGGUGGUCAGCGAAGACAAAGAACAGUAAUAUCUGAUGAAAUCAGAGCUACUGUGAUUGACCAUGUUCUUGUCCAUGGUAUGAGCAUGAGGGAGGCUGGACAAAGGGUACAACCAAACAUCAGUAGAUUCACUGUGUCCACCAUAAUCCGAAGAUUUAGAGAAGAGAACAGAAUUGAAAGACUGCCACAUGGGGGUGGGAGGACAGGUAUGUUCUCCCCACACCAAGAGACCCUAAUUGUUAUGGUCCGUGAGAACAAUGCAAUUAAACUGAGUGAAAUUCAGCAGAAGAUCAUUGAGGACCAUGUAAAUUUUGAGGGUAUCAACAGUGUCAGCCUCUCUACUGUUGAUCGUGUCCUCAAGCGCAACAGACUGCGCAUGAAACAGCUAUACAGAGUGCCCUUUGAUCGCAACUCAGACAGAGUCAAAAAGCAAAGAUUCCAGUAUGUACAGCGUGGUGGCAUUGUCACAUUAUGUGCUGCCAUCAGCAAUCAUGGGGUUGUCCACCAUCAUGCCAACCUGAGGCCCUACAACACUCACCAGCUCCUCAUUUUCCUCAAUCACAUGCGAGAUGCUCUGUUAGGGCAGCAGGAUGAGCAUCCCAUCUAUGUUGUUGUUUGGGACAAUUUUAGAGAAAAGGAGAGCAGCUUUCAAGAAAUGUCUUAG